GUUGUAAUCUUCCGCUCGGUUGAUUUGCUUGGCUGACGGCGGACCCGAAGGCAAUCUGCUCGGGAGAGAUUACGGCGAUUGGCCGAUAGGCGCGGGCCUAAUCUGGCGACGACUGCCCCGCGAGCACUGAUUACGGGCGGGCAGUGGCGAUAAUCAGACCACGUCAUGACGGCCAGGCGCAGCACCAUGUUCCUGGAGAAGCUGAGGAGGACCCGUGCGCGGGACCUGGAGGAGCUGAGGCUGAGGAGGAAGUACUCCAGCAGCCAGUACUACCACACGCUGCCCGCCGUCGCCAAGAUACUGGUGGUCGCGGAACUUACCACGGAUGCAGCGCUGUUCCUAUCGUCGACUCUGUGCCAGAACACGGCCAGUUGGUACGGCUGGGUGUACCCCACUGGGUCCCUGUUUACAGCAGCCCUCAACAUGGGCCUCUACCUGCUGUUCGUGCUGGGCCUCGCCGAGAUCAACCCCAAACCGUGGGUCCUUACUGAUGUGUGUUUGACUGUGGUUGAAGCCGUGCUAAUGGCGGUCAUCUCCAUCCUUACCAUGGUACAGUGCAGUAGCAAUGACACUCACCACGUCAUCCUUGGGCCUUUGGGACUGGUGGGCGCUGUUCUGCUGAUGGUCAGCGCUACAGCCUCCUACAUCAUGUACCGGCGACGGGACGACGAGGAGCUCCCGGCCAGCAGCCGCGUGGAUGGGGACUCGCCCCCGCCUCCCAGGAAGUCGUUUUUCAUUUGAAGACUCAUUGCACUUAAAUCGAUAACAUGUGAUGAUCAACAUGACAUUUCAGGGAAGAUUAUCGAUUUCUACUAAUAUUGUCAGAGACGAAUUAUUGUUCGUAUUUGUCCUGUUUAUAUCUGAAAGCAAUAUUUGUGUUUCUUUAAUUAUACUGUAAAUAAUGCUAAUAAAAAUAUUAC